CCCGCGCGUCUCGCCGGCGGGUUUUUCCUCUUCCUCAUCUGCUUCACUGGCUCGCGGCACUGUCUCGACCGGCGGUGUGCCUCGCGCCGAUUCCCGAAGCGAGACGACGACGGAUCAGCUGCGCAGGAGUCACACACAGGUCGCCUUUGCAGCGGAGGGCGCGACUGAGACAGGAGGCGAGCGUCGUCCUCGAGAACCUCAGCGAACACCUCGGGGAAGCAGCCGCCAGCGUGCUGCUCGAGACGUCGCCUACCCGGCACGUGCUCGAUCAUAGUUGAUCGAAUGCGAGCGAUCCAGCUCGGCUCGGCUGCCAGACUCCUUCCUGCACUCACGACGGGCCGGUAGUCACGUCCGAGCGAGGUCACACCUGGACCGGAGUUAUCCCGGAAGGAGGACUCACCGGCGAGCUUCCGCCGCCGCGGCAGCUAUCCUGCUCGCGAUCUCCCGGCAAGUCGCUCGGACGUUGAACGACCGUCGCGUUAUGCGUCUCCGAAACAUGUCGUAUCGGAAGUUGACACUAGAUCUGACUCAAAAUGGAGAGAGAGAGAGAACAAGCACUCAGUCAAGACUAAAAUAAGAUGUUCUAACGUGAAUUAUGGUGUAAUUCAUCGUCGGAUCAGCGUGGCCAUUCAACGUCCUGCUGCACAGCGACUUGAGCUUCCGCAAGACGACGAUCGCGCGCGAUACAUCGCGACGAUCGAUACGAGUCACGUGACGCGCCGCGUGGACGUCGCAGGCAACUUCGCGCAGCCGCGAAGCUUGAAAUGUAAAGCGGCGAUUGAGCGCAGCCGGACGUCGAAACGUCGACGAUCGCCGAUCGAGGACCUCGGCAGAUGCUCCCUGAGCGCACCUAGAGGAGCAACUUCGCAGAGGGAGAGAGAGAGAGAGAGAGAGAGAGAGAGAGAGAGAGAGAGAGAGAGAGAGAGAGAGGAGAGAGAAGUGACCUGCUGAUCAUGUCGCCGGACAAGGAGAGGAUAUCAGCGUGCUGCGCCGCAUUGGACGCGCCGGCCGUCCCCGAAGUGGCCACGUGGAAGGCGAAGCCGCUGCUGAAGAUGGAAGGUGAAAGGUCGAUUGUCCAGAGGAACGAUGCCGACGCCGACGACCAUGAGUCCGCGGUCAAGGUCGAGUACCAGCCGCGGAUCAAGUGGCUGGACCUCGGUGUACAGAUUUUCAUACACGCCGGCUGCCUGUACGGGUUCUACCUGGUGCUCACGCAGGCGAAGCUGCUGACGACCGUGUGGGCGUUCGUAACAAUUUAUACGUCCGGCUUCGGGAUUACGGCUGGCGCCCACAGGUUAUGGUCACACAGGGCAUACAAGGCGAAAUGGCCGCUGCGUCUGCUUCUAGUCUUCCUCUUCACGAUCACAGGACAAAGACAUGUGUACGCGUGGGCGCUGGAUCACAGGGUGCACCAUAAGUACAGUGAGACCGACGCGGACCCGCAUAACGCCAAGAGGGGUUUCCUGUUCGCCCACGUGGGGUGGCUGUUCACGACACCUCAUCCCGACGUGGUCGCCAAGCGCACGGCGGUCGACAUGAGCGAUCUCGAGGCGGACCCCAUAGUAAUGUGGCAAAAGAGGUUGUACAUCCCUCUGUUUGCGCUCCUGACCAUCGCACUGCCGGUGGUCGUGCCUUACUACUAUUGGUCGGAGUCAUUGUGGAUCUCGUUCUGGGUGAACUUUAACUUCCGCUUCUGCGUGACGCUGAACAUUGCCUUCUUCGUCAACAGCGUGGCGCAUAUGUGGGGCCAACGGCCAUACGACAAGAACAUCUCUCCGGUGGAGAACGUCGCGGUGUCGAUCGCGGCGCUCGGCGAAGGAUGGCACAAUUACCACCACGUGUUCCCGUGGGACUACAAGACCGGCGAACUCGGCGACUACUCCUUCAACAUCACCACCGGCUUCAUUGACGCGUUCGCGCGGAUCGGCUGGGCCUACGACCGGAAGUACGUCUCGCCGGCGAUGAUCCGUCGUCGAGCGUACCGGUCGGGCGACGGCAGCCACAUCUGGGGCUACGGCGACGUCGACAUCGUUAAAGAAGAUUUGGAGGAGCUGAGGAUGAUGGAGAAGCGCGAGUAGUGAGAGCGCGCGACUCGUCAUCGUAGCGACCGGAUCCUCCCGGCGAUGACGAGGACCACGAGGACUGGCGUUUCCUGCGAGUCGCGCGCAGUCGAGCCGCGGUAGUAGACCAUUCCCGAUAACUCUGCGUUCCAUUAGAAGAUGUUCGGUGGCAAUAUACACGGGGGUACACAAAUAUCGGGAAAUUAUUUAUAUUUAUACUGUUAAUGUUUGUGUGCGUGCGUGCGUGUAUGUGUGUGUGAAAGAGAAUGAGAAAGAGAGAGAGAGAGAGAGGAUAUUUUAAUCGAGAAAUGGAAGAGCACGGUCGAUUGGAGGUCUAUAAUUGUAUAGAGAAGCUGAACAUCUCUUCGAGCCACGCGAAUCACGAAGAUCUCUCGCGAGAGGUUCACGGAUUGGUUUGUGAUUUACGAUGACCGAACGAUAUGUAUGCAUAUGUGUAUAUGUAUAUACACUUGAAGAAAUUUCUUAGAGGUAGCGCUGGUCACAGGAGAUCGAUCGUCCGCUUCACGGUGAAACGAAGUUCGUACGACGGCAAUCCCACGCGGAGAUUGAUAUAUCGGAAGUCCGCGCGCAAUCAAGGGUCCAAAUCUGAUACAAAUCACACACGAUACAAACGAAGCGUUAUUCCUAACAACUGGUAGCUCUACGAUAAAUUCGGAAAUCGCGAAUGCGUCCACUUGGUCGAGACGUGAAAAUAAAUCGAGCCGGUUUGUUUUCCGAUAAAUCUCCACGUUCUCCAGAGACGUUGUCUCUUCGGCUUCCUCAGCUAAAAAGCCCGCACUCUCUGACACACCGACGACACUCGAUGUGAGACAAAUAACGUCCUCGAUGGAGUGUCCACCAUACAUAGUUCCUAAUUCGCGCGAGCGUGGGUCCCAUUAACGUCCCUAACGCCUUCCUCCUCUCGUGUCCCUCGGUGCGACUUCGAUUUCUCAAAGAAGAAUAAGAAGCUAACGCAAGCGUAUACCAAAACAAUACAUCCACGUCGAGUCGUCUGAGCUCGCGCCACAACUCGAAAAUGAAAGUCUCUGCGCGUGCAGCACGAUUCCAACGUCUCGUCGAACACGUAUACGUCGAGUAUGAUGUAGUCGUAAGUACGCGAGAAUACAUUAGUGAGAGCGUAGCAACGCAAGCAGCCGUGUGCCUAUUGUAAUUGAUGUAGUUGCUAGCAUGAUCCACUCGAUUGUUAAACGUCUAUUCGGUCGGGCGCAUAUUUCUACGCCAGCUAGGUGCACACUAAAUGUUAACGAACUUAAUGGCGCAUUCGCGUGAAUGCGUUUUAACCCAUCGAUCAACCGAGGUUCUUCGGUCGAAUUCACGAGUAAGCUUUGUGAUUGGCUUGUAGUCUUGUGACGUCAUCAAUCGGCUGGGUGGGUUAAAAUUCAUGAAUUCACUUGAACA